CAAUGGCAGAGGGAGUGAUUGGAUUGAAUUGAAUUGGUGGUGAAACCAUUGAGUAUCAAAUUGCUAGAGAGAGCAUAGAGGAGACGAGAAGGUAAGAGGAACUAACUUCCUUUUCCGGCUCACCCAUGGGGAGGGGUGUAGAUAUAGUGGCAGCUCUGCAGUUCUUCCCAGGAUCCAAGCAGCAGCAGCUGGACGGCAAGGAGGAGAGACCAGGAGCAAGUAAAAGAGAGUGCCAGGAAGCUGCCAAGUGAGAUCAAAAGCAGAACUAAAAAGGAAAACUAUUCCAUCCUGCAAUUAAAAUCCUUCCAAUUCCCCCAGAAAACCACAAAACACUUCUCCAUCCCAGCACCUGAUGGACAAGAGAGAUAGUAACUGAAGAGAGUAUGAACCUGAAAAAAAUAUGAGUAAAAUUCAUUGAGUAUGUGGAACUCAUUGAAAUACUCCCAAAAACGGUCAAGGGAAAAAGUCAUUUGCAAAUUCAGAAAAAGAUGGAAGUAUCUGGAAAUCAAUGGAGGGGACAGUUGGAUAACCAGGUGUGGCAAGCAGUCAUGCAAGACACGCUGUGUGAAGAAAGAAAGAGUGGCUUGAAUGAAAACAUCAUCCAAGAAGGGAUCCAAAACAUUUUUGACCUCCCCAAUAAGCCAAGAAUAUCAGUCGUGGAAAAGCCCCAUGGAGCUACCUGUUAUGAGGAUAGUAUGGAUUGCAAAUCGCAACUGAUCGUGCCUGAAAGGAUUCACAUCAGAGAAAAGCCAAAAAAAUGUUCCAAGUGUGAGAAAUUGUUUUGCUACAGCCCACACCGUUUUGAGGAUAAAAUGAGUCCCACCGGAGAGAAUACGUACCAAUGCUCGCAAUGCGACAAGAGCUUUUGCAAGGACGCCACCCUAGCGAUACACCGGAGGCCUAACACAGAGAAGAAACAGCAUACAUGUCUGGAUUGUGGGAAAUGUUUCAGUCGGAAUUCCAACCUGUUGAUACAUCAAAGGACUCACACAGGGGAGAAAUCCUAUGAGUGCCUAUCUUGUGGGAAAACUUUCAAUCGAAAUUCCCACCUGGUGAUACACCAGAGGACUCACACAGGAGAGAAACCUUAUCCGUGUCCAGAUUGUGGGAAAAGUUUCAGUCGGAAUUCCAACUUGUUGAUACAUCAGAGAAUUCACACAGGGGAGAAACCAUAUGGGUGUCAGGAUUGUGGGAAAAGUUUCAGUCGGAAUUCUAACCUGGUGAUGCACGAGAGGACUCACACAGGAGAGAAACCAUAUGAAUGUCAGUAUUGUGGGAAAAGUUUCAGUCAAAAUUCUCACCUCAUAUUACACCAAAAGAUUCACACAGGAGAGAAACCAUACGAGUGUCUGGAAUGUGGGAAAAGUUUCAGUUGGAAUUCCCACCUGGUAAUACACCAAAGAACACAUACUGGUGAGAAACCAUAUGGGUGUCCUGUUUGUGGGAAAAGUUUCAGCCAGAAAUCUGACCUGAUGAUGCACCAGAGGACUCACACUGGGGAGAAACCAUAUAAAUGUCCUGUUUGUGGGAAAACCUUCAAUCGGAAUUCCCACCUGAUAAUACACCAGAAUACACACACUGGAGUGAAACCAUAUGAAUGUCUAGAAUGUGGGAAAACAUUCAGUCAGAGUUCCCACCUGUUGAUACACCAGAGGACUCACACAGGAGAGAAACCAUACGAGUGUCAGGAGUGUGGGAAAGGUUUCAGUACUAGGUCUAACCUUAUAAACCAUUUAGGUUUACACACAGGGGAGAAACCUUUCAAAUGCCUAGAGUGCGGACGGUGCUUUACGCAAUAUUCCUGCCUUGCUGCACACAAAAAAAUCCACAAGAGGCAGAAGGCGAUGACUGUGGAAAAGUCUUGAAUUUGUAAUUUCUAAUUUUCCAUUGGAAAAUCAAUUGAGAAAUUAAGUAUUAAACGUCUGGCAUCAUUCACUGUAGUCAAAUAUAUCUCAGUAUUAGACAUGACGGAGGAGAGAAUUGAAAAAUAUUGGUUUGGUAAAAGGUAACUUUUUGUAUCUGGAUAUAUCAGCAAACUUACUGGAUAUUCCCUUAUGCAGAAAUCAUGCAAUUCUACAAAAAGGCUUUGAUAGUCGUUUUUUGCACACUGAUCAUCAUAAAACAUAGAAAUGCUACAUAGGGAGUUUCAGGUUUCUUCAACGUAAGUGUCAACUCUGUGUUGUGAUCCACCAGCAGCCUGUGGAGCUGGCAAUGGAAUCGGACAGCAAUGAGGCUGAGCAAGAGCGUGGGCCAGUCCUGAUGACUGGGGAAGGCCUGGAUGAGGGCUCUGCGUUGGAGGCUGAGGUGGGGCCAGGGCCAUCGGGGAGUGAGGUGCAGAUUCCAGAGCCUCCAGAGACUGACAGUAGUGAGGCAGAGGAACAGGAGGAGCCUGUUCCUAAUGCACGCAUGAGAAGAGCUGCCAGAAGACAAGAGCAGCUAAAGCAAAGAGGACGACUCGGCAGUAGGGCCAAGAGAUGAUUGGCCCCUCCCAUAAGGCUUAAAAGACCAGCAACGGUGUUUGGGCUCUUUGUCGGAAAACAACGUUGAUAGCUUUGUCUUGUUGCAUUUAUUUUGUAUCAGUGUCUUCUGAACUUUUGCCAAGAAAGGCCUUUGGCAGUUUGCCUAAUUGGACCAAGAUUGGUGAUAGGACUGAGGAAUUUGUGUUGGGAGGAAUUUGCUUUAAUUUAGUUGAACUACGCUGAGAAUGAAGUAAUUCUCAGCUGUUCGAAUAAAGUUUGUUUGUUUAUACACUGAGUUUCCUACUACCUACUGGGGCCUGGAUCACAACACCCUGAAGUUGGCUGAACUGUGGCCAUUUUCUUUUUCUUAGUCUCUAGGAAGGUUUUGUUUCUCACUGCUUCAGGCCGGGGGGGGGGGGUGUAGAGAUUAGUUGGGAUGUUGUAGCCAUAAUAAAAUUCUUUUCCCUGGGAAUCAAGGACGUUCGUGCAGGUGUCUUCAGGGUGGAGACUGAGGUCAUCUAGCAACUGGGCUGUAUGCUGAUUGGACCGUGUGACUGAGACUCUGGGGGGAUGUGAUAAUUUUUUACUUUUAAUUGGGGUAAAAAACCGGCACCAACUUAGAGCCGAUUUUUCACCAGGAAAAUGCCAAUUUGAUAUGUCCUAAUUAAAAGGUUCUUUGAGGAAAUUGCCUGCCUGGGAGUUCUUAUUGGACUGGGAUGUAUUACUUGGAACCUUGACAAUGGGUGUGCUGUAGAUUUCAAGCCCCAAAAAUCAUUAGCCAGACCUUUUGCAUAAAGUAUCUUGAAGUUGUAGUCAACAUUUGUGGUAGGUCUCACAACUGGCUACAGCUCCUAAAAUAUACAUUACAAUUGCACACUCAGAUUUAUUUACCGAUGGUGGCUUCUCCACUAUGACAAAAGAGAGAGAAGAUAAGAAGGAUCCGAAGUUCGUCUUUUCCAAAUACUUCCAACAAAUCAGUGCCAGGAAAAUCUGUUAUUUCAGACUGUGACCUAGGACAAGGGUCUGCAAACUUGGCUCUUUUAAGACUUGUGGACUUCAACUCCCAGAGUUCCUCAGCCAGCAAAGCUGAAGUCCACAAGUUGAAGUCCACAAGUCUUAAAAGAGCCAAGUUUGCAGACCCCUGACCUAGGAUAAGCACAAAUAUCAAAGAAAACCAUCAGUGUGGAGACUGUAGGUAGGCCUCAAGUUACAACCAUAACAGCCCCAAAAUAUAUCUUGCUAAGUGAAACAUUUGUUAAGUGAGUUUGCCCCUAUUUUACAUUUUUUUUUUGCCACAGUUGAACCAUUGCAUUUGUUGGUAGCAUGGUUGUUAAGUGAUCUGGAUGCUCCAUUGGCUUUGCUUGUCAGAAGGUUGCAAGAGCUGAUCACAUGACCCCGGGACACUGCAGCCAUCAUAAAUAUGAACCAGUUGCCAAAAUGAGUUUUCAUUACAUAACAUAUAACAUAACAUAACAACAGAGUUGGAAGGGACCUUGGAGGUCUUCUAAUCCAACCCCCUGCCCAGGCAGGAAGCCCUACACCAUUUCAGACAGAUGAUUAUCCAACAUUUUCUUAAAAAUUACCAGUGUUGGAGCAUUUACAACUUCUGCAGACAAGUUGUUCCACUUAUUGAUUGUUCUGUCAGGAAAUUUUUCGUUAGUUCUAGGUUGCUUCUCUCCUUGAUUAGUUUCCACCCAUUGCUUCUUGUUCUACCCUCAGGUGCUUUGGAGAAUAGUUUGACUCCCUCUUCUUUGUGGCAGCCCCGGAGAUAUUGGAACACUGCUGUCAUGUCUCCCCUAGUCCUUCUUUUUAUUAAACUAGGCAUACCGAGUUCCUGCAACCAUUCUUCAUAUGUUUUAGCCUCCAGUCCCCUAAUCAUCUUUGUUGCUCUUCUCUGCACUUUUUCUAGGGUCUCAACAUCUUUUUUACAUCGCGGCAACCAAAACUGAAUGCAGUAUUCCAAGUGUGGCCUUACCAAGGCAUUAUAAAAUGGUAUUAACACUUCACAUGAUCUUGAUUCUAUCCCUCUGUUUAUGCAGCCCAGAAUUGUGUUUGCUUUUUUGGCAGCUGCUGCACACGGCUAGCUCAUAUCUAAAUGGUUGUCCACUACGACUCCAAGGUCCCUCACAGUUGAGCAAAGUACCAUAUAUACGGUACCUGUGCAUUUUGGGUUUUUUUUUGCCUAAAUGUAGAAGAUGAUAUCAUGGGUCGAUGCAAAGGUCGUAACUGGAAAAUGGUCAUAAAUCACAUUUUUCAAUCCCUUGUAACUUUGAACGGUCAUUAAACAAACUGCUGUAAGUCAAGGACGGCUUGUAUACUCUCUUAUAUCUUUUGGCUGUUUAUAAUAAUGAUUUAUUCUUAGACUUCCAUUGUUUUCUAUGCUUUUUUAACUAAAUGUAGCCCACAAUCCUUAUGCUGUCUUUCACUAUAAUAAACAUUUGAUUUGA